CUGACGCACCCCGCAUUCAGACCACCCGCCACUACCUAUCUCCUGUCAUGAGCGAACAAGCGGCUUCCACUCAGAUCGCUGACCAGACUGCCAGCCAAAGCGGCGUCCUUGCGAAACUGCUCAUAUUCAGCGCUGCUUUAGCAGUUGCUCCCAUCGCCUCAUACUUCCUCUCCAAGGACUACCUCUGGGACGGCAAUACAACACUUGCUGCGGUAACCGCCAUUGUCACUGCAAAUGUUGUGCUGGUGGCUUAUAUCAUAAUGUCCGUUCGCGAGGAGCGACAAGCCACCCUUGUCUCGCCAUCGCCACCAGCGCCACUACCAGUCGAGUCAAAGAAAGAACGGUAGGCACGCCAGUCCUCAUUAAUUGUGUGACCGAGGCUGCCGCUACAAUGCCAACGGCA